AUGCACCCCUUGAUAGCAGCCCACUGCGUGAGCUUCAUGGGCUGGCUGAGAGAUAGAUUUGCCCCAGUUCUACCCAAAGAAAUUCGCAAGUUGCUCCUUGAGCGGAUCGAAUUAGUUGACCAGGUGAUGCAGGAUCUGCUACCAGCGGAAAAUUUAACAGUGGAAGAAGUCGUUGAAAUGUUUCGGCUGGAAUACGAUCCGGAUUUGAGCGUUUGGGAUUUGGAGCCAGAGGAUAUGUGGGAUGUGCCACUGUGCCUGGGCUCUCUUCUUUCUGAACUCAACUACGUCUCUUCGGGGCGUAAAAGUGACGGACUUAUCCGAUGCCGCCUAAACCUCAUCCUCAUGACCUGUCUCGCAGCGGAGGAGCGACAUUUCAAUGGCCUGCCGCCGGAUCUAACUCUUACGGGUUGUCACCACGAGCCACCUUCCCGACAAUCGCCACCUAAAUCGUUUGCGAUACCGCCAUUGAAAUCUCAUCAGGUUGACACGCCAGUGUGGGUCUCGAAUAGACCUGAAACGGUGCGCUUGAGCAUGGAGAUACGCUUUAUGGAAGAAGUGUAUUACAAUAUGGGCGGGCGGUAUCUCUAUGGUUCAGCGGAUUUUGCGUUGUGGUAUGGACCUGUCACAGAGAUGGCGACUAAUCUGGUCGUUGUGGCUGUCGGUGGGGAGCGUACAGCAACUCAGGGAGAGGGGAAGUGUUUGGCAAUUAUGAGUCUUAUUCAUCAGAAGAGAAAAGAGUAUGGGAAGAAAAUUUUCACCGUUUAUGGAUUAUGUAGUGAUGGCGUUGAGUUCAACUUUAUCAGGUUGGAUAGUGACUCCAAAUUGUCUAGAAUCGGUCCUGCGCUUGACUGGAGCUGGGGAAGAGCGUCUGAUAUCGUGUCCCUCAUUCGGUAUAUCAUGCGCACGGCGAUUCUGGCGGCACCAACUUCCACGCCGAUGAGGAGUGAUUGUUCUAUGGGACUGGGGUAA